UGUAACGCUCUGCGCGCCAUUGACUCCUUUAUAAUCGAGAGCUGUGACGGAACCUAGUAUGAUUUCUGCGCCUUUCUCCACAGCUAGUUCCGCAACCGCGUUGGUGAAAAGAUACGGAUGAACCUGCGCUGUUGUUUCUGGAGUUCCCAUUUCAGAGUAUCCCCUCAAUGUAUCGUUGUCCAACCAAUCCAGGUCCUUUGGUAUCUCCGCGGGCACAACUUUCUUCCCAUUACUCUUCGUCUUGCAUAAUUUCUUCCAUUCCUCUGUUCCUUCUUUCGAAACGUCUCCCUCUAUCUGUGAAGAUUUAUGUACCUUCCCCCUCGCCGUCACACUCCCACAAUGCAACGCUCUAUAUCCCCAUCGCUUCGCACCAUCAUGUUCUUUUGCCAAUUCGGCGUGUAGUCGGUAGGAGAGUGGCACAAUGCAGGACGGAUAUGCCCAUAAUCCCAAGAGUCCACCGGCUUUUCCUGAGGCGCCUGAAGCGAUGGAUUCCGCUUCUAGCAAUGUGAUUUUGUGGAUGGCGGAGUUGAAGGAGGGGUGGCGUGUGAGGAAAUAGGCGGUGGUACAACCGAUUACGCCGCCCCCUGCAGAAAGAUCAGUUUCUCGUACUUUUUGCGGUGGGAGUGAGGGGUUGUACCGACUAUUACGAUGUUUCGAGGGGUCUCUAGAGCUAUCGAAGUCAUGGUAUGCGUUGGCAUGGAGGUUGUUGGGUUGCUGUGUGUCGAGUACGAGGAUACGAGGUAUACGAAGCUCGGAUGAGGGGUUCGCAGGAAUCGGGUCGGGAUAGAAAAGUAUAUUUGCCUCAUCUGCGUCAUCAAGCAGAUACGAGUUGCGAUAAGAGGCGACGGGAGGGCAUCGCAUAGAAAGGUGAAGAAUCUCUGCCUUCUCAACAAGGCUGAUGUGGCAGUGAAUCCGAUGCUUUGGGCAGAGUUCCUCGGCAUACAACCUGCAUCGAGCCGAGGUUGGUGCUGGCCAAUGAAGCUCGAUGAAUCCUGGGAUAAGAUGGGCCAGAGCUGGCUGCUUCAUCAUCAUUUGAGGAAGGAGAGGACGAGACUCUCGUGGAACUCCUUCUAAACCCCAGAUUGAAACGUUUGACAAAUCCUUUUGUGUAUUACUUCAAACCCGCAACGAAACUAUUCCCAGUAAACAACAUCACCCCUUGAGCCGCCAUCUCCACGAGUAGAUAUAAAACUCGAUUGUACUGCCAAUGCGACCUUCUCGAUCCAUCCUUCGACCUGCAUACACAUACAUAUUCACAUUCACGUUCACCACAGCUCACCCUCACCCUCACCCCGCCCCAACGAUCCGCCCCACCACUCGCAUCUCGAACGCGAACGGUUCAUCAAGCUCCCGAAGAAACCUUAAUACCAUCACCUCGCCACCACGAGCCGCCAUCAAAACAGCUCCCUCUCUACACCACAAUCAAAGAAUCAAAUUCACAACAACCACACGUAAAUUACAAACAGCUCAAUCAUCCAACAUGUCAUCCGCAACCAGCUUCUACGAUUUCAAGCCACUCGACAGUACGUACUCCACAAGCUUGCGCAGCUUCCCCGCCCCCACCAACCAACAAUUAGAAACCCCCACUAACACCUUACCUCACCCACAGAACGAGGCCAACCAACACCGCUCUCGGAAUACAAAGGCAAAGUCAUCCUCAUCGUCAACACAGCCUCCAAAUGCGGUUUCACACCGCAAUACGAAGGCCUCGAAAAGAUCUACAAGAACCUCUCCGCUAAAUACGGCAGCGACUUCGUCAUCCUCGGCUUCCCCUGCAACCAAUUCGGCGGACAGGAACCCGGCAGCGACGAGGAGGUUCAGUCGUUCUGCCAGCUCAACUAUGGUGUUUCCUUCCCCAUCAUGGGGAAGACGGAUGUCAAUGGGGAUGCGGCGAAUCCGCUAUUUGAGUGGUUGAAGCAUGAGAAACCGGGCUUGAUGGGUAUGAAGCGUGUGAAGUGGAACUUUGAGAAGUUCCUUGUUGGACGGGAUGGAAAGGUUAAGGGACGGUGGGCGAGUACUACGAAGCCGGACGCCCUUGUGGCGCCUAUUACGGAGGAGCUGGAGAAGAAGGCUGAGCUUUAGGGAAGUGAGGACGUGUUUGAAGGAAUGACAAAUUAUCGGAGGCAAAUUUGGAUUCUGGAUUGCUGCAUAGAGGAUGGUAAUAAUUGGACGAGGAUCUUCAUUUCGAUCUCUAUAGAAUUAGACCCCCUGGAGUGUUGGCGAGGGCGGUAUUCUGCUUUUUGCUUCUCGGACUUUCACGUCACCGUACCAUAAAAAUGAGAAUGAAAAUAAAAAAACCUUGAAAAGAGA